UGUUCUCAAGGAGUCUCCUCCAAGAGAUCAGAUUUCAGUUUAGGUCACCUGGGGUGCCACCACUCCCAAAAUGCUAGACAAAAGAGGUAGGCUGGUAAGAAGUUGAGGGUGGAUGAAACACUAAGACAGAUGGCUGAGCAUGGUAGAUCCAGGCGUGGCUUCUCAGUUCUGUUCACAUCUGCCCGGCAACCUGGGCAAUUGGCCACCACCAGAUAGGUGAUAGACAGGAAGGUGAAUACGUGUGCCAAGAUCUGCUGAACUUGUUGGUCAACAUUCUAGUUUAAUACCUAUCCCAGCUUCUGCAGGCAGGUAUAUAAGCGAGAUGACUCCCUCAUCACUGGUUAUCUGUCAACGGCACCCAAUCACUUUUGUGUCCUAUUUCUGGAAAGCUACAGGCUCCUUUUGGUUAUUUGGUUUCUUCUGGUGUCAGCAAGGCCCACCAUGGUGGAGCGGCAAGUGGUCCAACAGCAAGGCCUCGUGUCCACCAGGCAAGCACAUCUGUUGAUGCUUCUGCUGGCAUUGAUGGGUGUGCAGGAAAACCAGGCAUCCAGAGCCUGUGGGCAGCCUCCCAUCAGCCUCAACCGGAUUGUGAAGGGACAGGACACAGUGCCCGGCGAGUUUCCCUGGCAGAUCAGUUUACAGUUGAACAAAAAACAUCUGUGCGGGGGCUCCCUCAUCUCGGAUGAAUGGGUUGUAACUGCAGCACACUGCUUUUAUCAGUUUAGGGAUUUGUCCCAAUAUCGUGUCCUUCUGGGGGUCAACCAGCUGUCCAACCCUGGCCCACAGGCAUGUUGCUUGGAAGUGAAGCAGGUCAUCGUCAACCCAAUGUAUGCCGGCCAGACAACCAGCGGGGAUAUUGCCCUCGUGCAGCUGUCAAAGAGAGUCCGCUAUUCAGACUUGAUCUUGCCCAUCUGCCUGCCGGAUGCCUCUGUGAACUUUCCCCCAGGCAAACUGUGCUGGGUCACUGGCUGGGGCAACUUGCGCCAUUCAGUUGACCUUCCCUCCCCACAAACCCUCCAGAAGUUGCAGGUGCCCAUCAUUGACUCCAAGACAUGCAGCAAACUUUACCAAACCAACAUGGGUGAUGGCCUAACCCCACGAAUAAUCAAGGACGAUAUGAUCUGUGCUGGGUUUGCUGAAGGCCGGAGAGAUGCCUGCAAGGGCGACUCUGGAGGUCCCAUGGUGUGUUUUGUUGGUCAUUCCUGGGUCUUGGCUGGCAUUGUCAGCUGGGGAGAAGGAUGUGCUAUCAAGAACCGUCCUGGCGUGUAUAGUCGACUUACAUACUAUCAAAACUGGAUCCACAGCUACAUCCCAGAUAUCAAAUUUGUCAGAGACCCGAAUGGCCGUGAAUUAUGGGAUUGGCGAUCAGAUACUAGAGGUCAAAAGGGUCCUGGACUUCACCUAUCUGGCCAUGCUUCCUCCCUCAUUGCCAACUUUGAGAUGUUAUUGGUGUGUCUACUGAUUCUCAUGUAACCAAGAGACAGAGGAAAGUUUCCUUCUUUUCUUAACCACCCAGUUAUAGAACAUCGUUAAAGACACUGUUGACCUUCUGCUGACCUCUCUGGACUGAAUUUGUCUGAGUGAAGCAUAAGCUAUAGCAGUACUAAACAACUUGGGUUUCGUUGUCUCUUUAAAAGGAUAUAAAAGGUUUUUCUAUUUAUUAUUGGAAAUUUAUUUUAGAAUAGUUGCUAUCUGUUUCAGGAGAGACAUUUCAAGAACUUAAAUACAGCACAAGCAAAUUGAUUAAAAUAAUUCAUAUUCUUCAACCUCAGAGGAUGAUCUUACAUUGGGUAGAAAUGGUGGGGAAAGUGAGGAUUUUUGCAAGUU